AUGGAUGCCUUUGGACAGUUUGUUGCUGCUCCCUUCUUUGCCCCGCAGCAGCUGCUGCAGGCCCUGGGGGCUCUCAAGGCGAAGUACCUGCAGGGGGCCCCCCGGGGGGAGGAGUGGGAGGCUGAAGAAGAAGCAAAAGGAGAACAAGAAGAAAAAGAAAUUAAGAGAAAAGAAGAAAAAGAAGAAAUUAAACGACAAAAAGAAGAAACAGAAAAGGGAAUUCAAAGACUCUACAAAGAUCUCGUUGAAUGGGGAAGAAACGCCUUCCACCAAGUCCACGUAGAAGGCCUCAUACAGGGCAACAUAGAGGCUUCUUCUGCUGCUGCUUUGCUGUCGGACAUUCUCGAUUUGCUGCCAAUAAAAAGCACUAUAAGUGCAGCAGCAGCAGCAGCAAACCUGCAAGUGCUGCCCCUAGAGGCCCUCAGCAGCCCCCGCCCAGAGGCCCCCGCCCGGGUGCCGCUGCACACCCGCAGCGCCCCUGUCCGGCGUGUGGGGCAGCAGAGGCCUUCAGCAGCAGCAGCAGCAGCAGCGGCAGCAGCAGCAGCAGCAGAGGGGGCCUCCCAGGAGGCAGGGGCCCCGAGGGCCCCUGAGGGGCCCCCUGCGGGGGCCGCUUUGGGUCUUCAAACGGGGGCCCCUGGGGUACUUCACGCGGGGGCCCCCGGGGGGCCCCCCGAGGGGGCCCCUCUGGAGAGUUGGGGGGCCCCAAGGGCAGCAGCAGAAGCAGCAGCAGAGCAGCAGGGGCCCCGCGAGUCUUUGGCGGAGACAGAAGAAGAAGAAGCAGCAGCAAAAGAGAAGACAAAAGAAGAUCUUCAAGAAAAAAAGAAAAUUCCAAAGAGACUUCAAAUCAUCAAACGAAAUGUCAACCCCUACGACCCCAAGAACCACACACUUCUCGUGGUCCAGGCUGGCAGCAGUUUGUCUCUGCGUGAAAAGGCACUUUUGUAUUUGGCAGUGCACGAAAUGUCUCAGUCGUUUUUUAACGUUUUGAGGACAAGAGAACAGUUGGGGUAUUCUGUUCAAAUGGGAAGUUUUCGAUUGGAGGACUUUUUGUAUUUUUUCUUCAAAGUUACUUCGCCAGUGGACCCGCAGCAGGUGCUGCAGCGCAUUCGGCACUUCCUGGCAUCAAAAAGGAAAGUUUUGCUGCAGCAGCAGCAGCUGCUGCGCCUCAAAGCAGCAGCAGCAGCACGCUGGCGCAAACAGCCAACAGCUCUUCUCGGCGACUUCGCCAGAAAUCUGCAGCAAAUCCGCAGAAGAGAAUAUCUUUUCGACUUGCACGAACUUAUUGUCCAAGAAAUCGAGAAAGUUGGAAUGGGCGAAAUGGAAGCUUUUAGAGAAAAGGCUCUUUUUGGGCGCCCCUCUGUUUCAGUCAAGGUGUACAGCCAGUUCGAAGUUCCCAAAGAGGGGCCCCUCAGGGCCUAA